AAUUCGUUGUUAUCCAGAAGAUUCUGACUUUUGCGUUUUAGUAAAUUAGAGCGGCUUUCCUCGCGCAGUUUUUGUCUCAAAGGCUCAUCUUCUUUUGGUAAUUUGUUGUAAAAACGAGGAAUACCGGUGAUUUCGUUUGGUAGUUUGUUGCAGUACUGCUUCAUGUAGGCCUGGAAAUACUCAUCUUCUUGUUUUUCCGACUCGGAGGGCGAUUUUUUCACACCUUAUAAACAAAAUCGAGUGAAAAUUUUGAAACUGUAAAAUUACUAUUACCCUCGGUUUUCUUCAAUUUUUCCUUAAGUAAUGACUUUAAAUCCAUUUUAGUGUUCGAUUUUUGGCUUCUAAGUGCUACAUUUAGGCGUAAAUAAAAAAAUAAAUUGUUUCCUAACCACGAACUUGAAUGACAACAAUUCGAAAAAAUGACAGGAAGUGGCUACGGUCACAAAAAAAUGUAGUUUAAUGCUCCUUUAGUACAGUUUUAUGGUAAUUGCCUCAAUUAAGUAAUUGGGAUGAGUUUAGUGAAGUGGUAUUCUAAUUUGUUUAAAUUUUUGUGUGAAAAAAAAAUGAUUUGAAUGUGGUCGUUACCUUAGCCACUGCCGCAUUCCGUCGGUUUUCUUCAAUUUUUUUCUUUAAGUAAUGUCUUUAAACCUAUUUAAAUGUUCGAUUUUUGGCUUCUGUUUACUACAUUUUGGAAUGAAUAAAAAUAAUAACUGUUUUCUAACCAUGGACUUGAAUGACAAUUUGAAAAAAUACCAGGAAGUGGUUACGGUCACAAAAAAUGUGGUUUAAAGCCCUUUUAUACCGUUUAUGAUAAUUGUUCCAAAAAUUAAGUAAUUGGGAUGGGUAUAGUGAAAUGAACUUGUAAUUUGUUUAAAUUUUGUGUGGAAAAAAUUAGUUUGAGUGUGGCCGUGCCGUUAGCCACUGCCGCAUUCCUUCGUCAAACCGAUUUGCGCCACUGUGUCCUUUUAAAUAAAUUGUCAAAUGUUGAGAAAUUGUGUGAAAGCGGCCCGAAAAUCGUCCGUGAAUAGGAGUUGUGUUCCCCGUGGCCCCCUUGAAGCAUUAUGAAGCCAUGGAGCGGUGCGUUUUAGCCCCAGCGCCAGGUGUUAAAAUCCCAUUUCAAGUAUGAAAGGAGGUUAGGAAUGCGGGCAAUCGCCCAAGCAAAUCCCGCACAACAUGUGAUGAUUCGUCCAGAGUCAUGGCAGAAUUCUUGCCAUUAUGCGACCUCCUCUUCAAUGUAGUCUCCCUUGCCGCCUAUUUCUGUGAUUUAGUCUUCGACAUUCUCAUGGUGUAUGCGUUGUACGAACGCGGCUUGGUCCUCCUCUUCGCCCAAUGUCUGGGGGCCAUCGUCUUCGCGACAAUCGUCACGCAAAUCCUCUCCCUGCAUUGGUACUUAGUCAAAAAGCCCUCGGGGUUCCCCAAAGUCCUAGUAAUCGGGCUGCACGUCAUGCAGCUGGGGGUGUUGUGGCGCUACGGCCGUCUUCUUGUACCUGUUCAUUUAUCUAGUGUAAAGCGCGAAGUCCGAGAUUUGUGUAUAUUGCGACUAGUACACGGGUUUUUGCAAGCAGCCCCCAUGCUGCUCCUGCAGCUGAGUCUCUUGCCAGGCACCGGACACGGCCCCCCUGCCAAUCUGGUGACAGUCUCGGCCGCCUUGUCUCUAUUUUCCGUCUGUUGGGCCUUAGCCUCGUUUAGCAAACACGUCCAAAGCGUGGAUAGAUUAGUCUUGACUUGGCUGGGGGUGGUUUCGCAGUUGUUGUGGAGGGCGGGGACCGUCACAGCGAGGGCCCUAGCCCUCUCCGCCUACGCCGCUAGCUACCAUUCAUGGGUGUUUCUGGUCCUGGCCCUGCAUUGGGCUUGCAUGUUCCUGUGGUUGUUGUCACCGCGGAGCCCCUUUCACGGCCAGAGAGGGAGCAAAUUGGGGGUUUGUGCCCUAAUGGCUGCCAUAUAUAUUCUUGCCUACGUCAAUUUACAAGAGAAGCCCCACAGUCGAACCAUGACCAUAUUUUACGUCGUUAUGUUACUAGAAAACUGUCUUUUGGUGGGGGCUUGGCUCGCAGCUGCGUGGCAAGUGCGACCGAUACAUUGGGAAUUGGUUCCGAUUCUCACAAUCGUACUUUUCGUCAUUGGUAUUCUCUUUAUGUUGUUGUAUUAUAAGUUUUUCCAUGUGAGAAGACUCUUGGAAAAGCCUGCGGCGCCACCUGGUGUGUUCAAUUGCCGAUUCAGCAGCCCCUCAGCUGCGGCCCUCUACCGGAAAAAGAAAAAACCGACGAGUUUCGUCCCGCCUCCGGGUCUAGCCAAGAGCCCUAGUCUAGCGACCGUGGCUGUGCCCUUCUGGCGACGCCCCCUCCCCUCCUCGAGCGAGAACGAGGGCAGCAGCGUGGGCUCCCGCGUCAACAUUCACCAAAAACUCCAAGAGAAGAAGCAAAAACAGUUGGCAGAAUUGAAAAUCAUCGAAGAGGAGAUCAAACAAGGGAAACUUGUGGGGCCCGAAGGGGCCGAUUUGGACGACAGACAGCCCAUCCCCAGGGCUAAGCGGCACGUAGAGCCCCAUUUAUUAAGUCUCGCCUCGUUGAAUAACUUGGCCAGUUAUGGAGUGAAUCUGAACAGGAGGCCGCCUCCAAGGGCCCCCCGGAGUCGCACACCGGAAUUGUUACUAGCUCCGCGGUACCUGUACUGUGAGUGUAUUGUUCCGGAACCGGAAACAGUGGAAUUGCCGGGACCUCAUGCGCCCAGUGAUUUGGAAAGUCAGGUGUCUUUACCGAGGUCCUAUACACUCCCGAGGGAGUUUAAGUAUUAUAGGAGGCAGCGGGCCGGAAGGCCGAUUCAGACUGUAGCCUCCACUAAUAGUAGUGAUGGGGAUGUGGAUUCCGCCGAUGAUGAGUCGGAUUGUAAUCCACCACCGGCCAUUGUGAGACAUUUAAGGAGGCCCUUCAGACAUGAAACCAAGCUGUGAACGGGCCCUUUUUUUGUAUAUUUGUUUUUUAUAUGGAUUUACAACGAUUUUAUAGCUACUUUUACAAAGUUAUGUCUAAGGUUUUGUAUUAAAUUAUAUUUUUAUAUUGUAAUAUUACAAUUAUUUAUUACUGUACAUCAUUUUAUAAUUAUAUAUUUUUUCCUAAAAG